AAUGGCGUUUAUGACAGCAAAUUGGAACUCACUUGGAGACGUUUUCUUUCGGCGCUUCGAAUUAUACUCAUUCUUUGACACAUCCUGGUUUUCUGAUGUUGACCUUGCAAAGUUCAAUAUAUCGGCUGCACCAUAUGGAGGACCCAUUGCUCUAGUACGAGAUGAUAGGAGAACAGCCAGUGCAACUGCCAAACCAAUCAUCUACAUCUAUUCUUCUGCCGGACGCUUGUUAUCUCAAAUAAGAUGGAGCAGCGGUCGCAUUCUUGACAUCGGCUGGUCAGAAACCGAGGACCUCCUUUGUGUCCAAGACGAUGGUAGCGUUCUGGUGUACGACAUAUUUGGAAACUUUAGCAAGACGUUCGGCAUGGGCAAUGAUGCCAAGGAGACCAAGUGUUUGGAGUGUCGGAUAUUCAGGAGCUACAAUGGCACCGGCAUAGCGGUCUUGACAGGAACAUAUCGUAUCUUCGUCAUCAACAGUGUUCAGGACCCGAGGAUCAGGCGACUCACUGAUGUGCCUGGUUUGAACAAACCUCCCAGUUCAUGGUUGAUGAUGACCCUAGAUCGAAAUUCCAAAGCUCUGGUUGCAGUGGAGUCCAGGUUGUAUUAUCUUGAUCACGGUGGACAAUAUGAAGAACAGCAUCCAGAGUUCAAGAGCCCGAUUAACUCGAUCAUAGAGAUGGCUGCUUCAUACAACAACAAAUACAUCGCUCUGUUCUCCGACACCGGCAUCCUGUGGAUCGGGUCCUCGGAUCUAAAAACCUGCUAUUGCGAACAUGACACGAAGUUUCAGUCGAGGCCAAGACAACUCGCCUGGUGUGGCACAGGUGCUGUGCUCGGUUAUUGGAAUGACUUGCUGUUGAUGGUGGGACCAAAAGGGGUGCCGAUCAGUUACAAUGCCGAUGGCCCGUCCCACCUGGUGCCAGAGAUGGAUGGUUUGAGGAUCGUCAGUAACACUAGUCAUGAAAUGCUACAGAAAGUACCUUCCGUGAUUGAAGACAUCUUCAAGAUUGGCUCUAUGACUCCCGGUGCCAUGCUGUUCGAGGCCUCGAGGGAAUUCCAGCGGGGGAGCCAGAGGGCUGACGAGUAUAUCAGGACAAUCAAGGAUAAACUAGACUUGGCUGUCGAACAGUGCAUAGAGGCGGCUGGACAAGAGUACGACCCCAAGGUCCAGAAGAAACUACUGAAGGCUGCAUCAUUUGGCAAGUGCUUUCUGACCGACAUGAGGCCAGAUGCUUUUGUCAAUAUGUGCCAGAUGUUACGUGUGCUGAAUGCCGUCAGAGAUUAUUCCGCCACCGGGAUUCCACUCACGUACAACCAACUGCAGCACCUGUCCAUACAGAUUUUGAUUGACCGCCUCGUACAUCGAAGGGAAUACUGCCUCGCUAUACGCAUUUGUGAAUACCUCAAGAUACCAGAGGCGGAAGGAGCAAGCAGGAUCUUAGCCCACUGGGCCUGUUAUAAGGUGCAACAGAGCGACGUUGAUGAUGAGAUUGUUGCGCGGGCAAUCGCUCAGAAACUCGGAGAGACACCUGGCGUAUCCUACUCAGAAAUUGCCAACAAAGCUAUCGAGAAGGGAAGGAAAGACUUAGCCAUUAGGUUGCUGGACUUUGAACCAAAGGCUGCUGAACAAGUUCCACUUCUCAUGAAGAUGAACAGCAAAGAACAUGCUCUCAACAAGGCCAUAGAGAGCGGAGACACUGACCUCAUCUACACAGUCGUACUUCAUCUAAAGGAGAGCAUGCCCCUUGGCGACUUUUUCAUGACCAUCCGCACCAUGCCUACUGCCUAUUCUCUUUACCUACAGUACUGCCGCCAACAAAAUCUGAAGACGCUACAAGACCUCUACUACCAAGAAGACAACUAUGAAGAAGAGGCUCAUUGCAGAGUCAUUGAGAGCUACACAGAAGAGAGAUUUGAUGCGAGGAUCAGUGGACUAAUAGGUGCGCAGGAAUCUUAUAGCAAGGCCAAGAAUGACUGGUCUGCUAAGGUGACGGAGGAACAAGUCAAGUUGCUCCGAUACCAGCGGAGGCUUGAGGAGGAAUUAAACCGGCCGUAUUUGGAUCUCUCGGUCCAUGAAACCAUAUACAAGGUGCUGAAAGAAAAUAAUCACAAAAUGGCAGAUACGCUUAAGAAGGAAUUUAAAAUUCCAGACCGAAGGUUCUGGUGGCUGAAGAUACAAGCGUUAGCUGAAGCAGGAGAUUGGAUCGAACUUGAAAGGUUCUCGAAAAGUAAAAAAUCCCCCAUUGGGUACGAGCCAUUUGUUGAAGUUAGUAUGAAGCAUUUGAACCGCCAGGAGGCCACCAAGUACCUACCUAAGGUUGUGGCCGAACAGAUGGUCAAAUGUCUCGUUCUAGUUGGGCAAAUAGAGCAGGCAGCUGAGUUUGCCUUCCAGCAGAGGAAUGAUGAGGAUUUGGCAUACGUACUCAAAAAGUGCAAUUCAAAUCAGAAAGGUUUGGCGGAGAAGGUCCUAGGCUUUCGUCAACAGCUCUCUCAACGGAGAUGAGGGGUACAGCUUUCUGGAUUUGCUUUGUAUUGUCUUGUCCAUGGUUGCGACUACAGUAGAACCUCUCUAUUGAGGACACCCUCGGGACUGACAAGUGCUGUCCUUAAUAGAGAGGUGCCUAAUUAGAGAGGUCAAGUUGAAUGGAAAUGACCAAUUUGGGGCUAAAACUAGUGUAUUUGAUAAAGAGGUUGUCCUUAAUAGAGAGGUGUCCACUAAGGCAGGUUCCACUCUCUAUAAGGAGAGGUUGUGACUAGCACCCCAAUCUCCGCGAGUUGGGAUGUGACUGUCUCCAGGGAGACAAUGGUUGACUAUUCAAGAUUGUGGACGUAUCCCAAAGGGAUGUGUCAAAAGACAUUAGGAGAGACAGCAGGGAAUAGGGAGGAAUUUUGGCUGAAAAACCAUAAAGAGAAAAUGGCUUUCUGAACAGUAUAUUUAUUGAGAUCAAAAACAUUUCCAGAGGCGUUCUUGGCCUUUUGAUAUUUGAAGUGCGUCUUUGACAUGGUCAGAGUGAAAUGUUAAAUUUUCUGUUCUUACAACAUACUUCUGUUAUUCUAGAACUAACAUGUACAUGACCUGUAUACCGUUCAGAGAAGUGAAGUACACAAUAUAUGGUGUGUAAAUAAAGAUAACUGUCAAUCUAG